AUGGCUGAAUCGUGUCGACCUCGCCCACAAUCUUCCUCCGGCCCGAGACGGAAAACUACCCCACCUUCACCGAUAAGACUGACUUCCUCCGCUUCUUCCUCGUGUAUCCCACUACUGGCGAGCAGGCCUUCUGGCUCAAGCCCUCCGGCGGUGACUUCAGCGGUCGCAUUUGGGUCUACUAGUACAACCCCUUCACCUGGUGCGUUCUCUAUAGGACUAGGCAGCACAAUGAGCCAAAGGAAUCGUCGUGGAAGUGAGGUGGUGAGUGAAGACGGGGGCUCUUUAACACCUGGCGAAAGAUUGCAAUCAAACUCUUGGGGAUAUUUCUACGAACAGCCAGAUUCUAGCUCGGGGGCUUUUGAGAAUUCAGUGAAUUCCGCUUCCUCUUCGGCUGCUGAAAUAGCUGGGGCUCGUCUUAGUUCUCGACAUACAGUAUCAGCACCGCAUCCCCAGCUUCCUUAUAUACGCCCAGAAACAUCAAACGUAACUAGACAUGUCAGAAACUCCUCGAGAUCUUCUCACAGAUUACGGUUAACUCUUCCACCUCCUCAAAUUAUUGAUAUGUUUGGCGUUGCUAUCCCAACAACAUUGCUUGAUAGAAAAACAGAAAAUGAGGGGAAUGGCGUAGGUGGAGUACUUCAUGAUCAACAGCGCUUCAGACAGUCUUUACUUGGGAUCGCAUUCCCCACCACUCCUGAUACUGGCCUCAACAAUAUGCCCGUUUUAUGCGGAGGUAAUGGAAGGGAUGGAAGAGGUCUGGAUUCUGCUGAGGGUGGUAUUGGAAUUGCUCAUGAAAUCAUGAUGGGAGGUGCUGCAGCUGCACUUUUAGCUGCGAAUCCACAUUUGGCCCCAGGAAGUUUGGCUCUUCUAACGCCGCCGGAUGAUAGUGGGGUCAUAGAGUGGAGAAGAGAAGAGGCUUCCAGUGACGUGAUUGUUCCAGUCGGCAUACAAUCGGUCCGGAAGCCCCCACCAAUUCACGAAAGGUUCGAUUCGGAGGUCAUCACAAGUGGUGAUAACUCAAGGAAGCGGGUUGCGGGGAUAAAAAAGAUUGUUGAUAACUUAGACACCGCUACGCCUUCCACGAAAAAAAACGAGAAUGAUGGCGAGGAAGCUGGAGAAAAGAGUCGGUCUGCUAAACGUGAUGCAGUUAGCGAGAAAGAUGACCCUGCUGUUGACAAACCAGCAAAGGAUGACAAGGAUAGUCCAGGUCUCCCAGGUUUUGCGGAAGAUGGGUGGUUAGGAAAUGCUAUGGCAGCUCUAUUCGACACUCCUGUUUCUGUAAAAAUAGAUUCUUCUACUGUUCGGAUGCUCUCUUAUUCGCUUCCUUGUCCACUACCCAGUACAAGUGCUACGGACCAGAAUACUGUCACAUCAACAUCAACAAAUUCGAACAUGCUUCCGGCAUCAGCUGCUUCAGCACCUGCAGUCGCAGCUGCAGCUGGGCAGCAAUUAUCGCCAGCAAUCGCCGCGAGAUGCUACUCCAAAGUCAAAGAACAUAGUGGAUCUUCCACACCAACUGGAUUAAUUGGAGUAGAUGACGGGGUAACCACUGCUUUGCAUACCCUUACUAAUGGUAUCCAAAGACGUCACUCAAAGGAAGAGUCAAAAAGGGUAUUCAUACAUGUUCAUCACGCAAUAUCACCACAUAUUCCAUUGAACAGGCUCCCCUCGACUCCCAGCAUAGGAAGUGCGUUCGAUCGUCCAUCUGGGGGCGCAGGGGGCUAUUUUUCGCCCAGUGUCUUCAACAGUAUUGUUGUUGCGCCUGGGAGUAAUACUUCCACGCCCGGGGCAGGUAUUUUAUCAGUUUCGACGCCGUUACCGAACCCCAUCAUGCCACCAUCGAGUCUACAUCUUACUCUCCUGGAAAGGUACAUUCCGCCGACAUCGCUUGAGGAGGACAAGGACAUGUUUUCUCUGGCCUCAUCAAUUCUUCUUGACAGACUAUUUGAGUUAUCGCCAAAGGGAGGAAGCUUAUUGUUUAUCUACCCAACAAAGAAAGGAGCGAAAGACUUUGAUAGACAAUAUUUGGGUCCUGUGUUAGACCCAUUAUUGAGAAAAUUGAUGGUUCUAUACAUGCUUCGAGAAGACUUGUUGUGGGGUAUUAGAAACAUGUCCGCAAUAAAUGGGAUGAGGGAUUUCGAGGGUUUGAAGACGGCACUCAAAAUGAUUUGUAGGAAGGUUUCUUCUUCCCAAAAACAGAAAUCAAGGGACUUUUCAGGUCAACCAAAUACCGUUUUUAAGUUAGUACAUGCUAGCAAGGAGAACAUUCCUUUGAAUGAUAACAGCUGGAGGGAAUGGUGGACUCAGCAGGAACAGCUAAGGAUUAGGGAGGCGGUAAAAAGCCACAUGUCGAACCUUCAGCCACCAGGGGAAUCAUCACCUAAUUCGAGCCCUAAGAAGUCAUCGCGAAGGCCACCUUCGAUUCAAUCGGCAAAGGGACCACCCCCAUCACCCCCAUCUUCAACUUCGCCCACAUCUUCCGGAAUGCAAUAUUCCUUUGGAUAUGGUGCACCAGGAGAUUUGGCAAGGGAAGUUCUUGACGGCGUUCGCGCGCCCACCGUUCGGCCUUCUUCCAGGGGAAUGAGUGAGGCUGUAGUGGCAAGCGCAAUGUCAGGUACCUCUGCACUGGGAGUUGGGGGCGUUGUCGGGGAUUUUGAUGUUGUCAGUGGGGGCAUUAGUGGUGAGAGGAGAGUUAAGGAAAGGGGAAUUGAAAUGGGUGUAUUUGUGUUGAGGAGGGAAUACGUGAAUUGA